ACGCGUCUCGUUUUCUUUUUUCAUUGACUUGUCAAGAUGAAUAAGAAAACAAUGGCUGAUAGCAGAAAGAGGAAACUGGAUAGAGUGAAUUUUCUCGGUGAUACUCUUAUGGCGUUUAGAAAGGGAAUACAAACCGAUGUUAUUGUUAACCCUGGACCCUGGUGGUGAUGGGCCUGGAAUUCCCGCUCAAAAAGUUAUUUUGGCAGCGAAGUCGAAAGUGUUUAGCUACAUGUUUGACUCCGAUGAAUGCAAAAUUUCUACAGAGAAAUCAAUAACUCUUCCUGAUUUGAGUUAUGAAGAACUCAAGGCUCUCAUCGACUUCUUCUAUACCGGGAAACUGAGUCCCCAAAACAAACACUUUCGAGCGCUCUACAUUGCUGCUGACAAGUAUGACAUACCAUAUCUCCAAGACUUUUGCAGAGACCAUUUCAUCUCGCGUCUGAGUUUGAGCAACGUUCUCGACAUCCUGGAGCUGUCCACGAUCCCUUCAGACAACAUUUUAAAGGAUAAUGCGGUAUGCUUUGUCGUAGCACACAUGGAACAAAUCGUUGAUUCCGACAGAUAUAAAUCAUUUGUUCAGCAGUAUCCUGAUCUGAAUUUGGUUAUCACAAAGGCUUUGAUGACUGUUUUGAAAUACUUUUGUGGACAUGGGCUAUUAACAGUUGAAAGGGUGAGGACUGUACUUCUGCCUAAACCAUAAGUCCGAUUA